AUGCAGGCUCACCACGUCUUCUCCCACCAGAACCCUUACCAUGGCCCGAACGAUUGGCAACACCACCCACAACACGCCCAGACACAAUAUGCUCAGUCGCAAGCUGCCGCGGCGGCGAAUGCGGUAGCGCAACAGCAACAACAGCAGCAGCAGGCCCAGCAACAGCAGCAGCAGCACCAGCACUCGCAACCACACCAGUCGCAGCAGUAUGGACGACCGAAUGGAAGUGCUGCAAACAACGGGUCUACUAUGAAUCAAGCGCUUGGUGGCGGUGGGAAUGGGAGUAGAGAGAACACACUCGACCACGGACCCAGCAGUAUCUUCAGCACGAAUGGAGAGCAGAUGAGCGAGGAGAAUAGGCGGGUGCUGGAGUGGAUCGUGCAAGUACUGAACGCGCAUACACGUGAGAGCGCGCUUCUGGAGCUCAGCAAGAAGAGGGAGCAGGUGCCUGAAUUGGCACUGAUACUGUGGCAUUCAUUCGGCGUCAUGACGUCCUUGCUCCAGGAGAUUAUCUCUGUCUACCCGCUUCUCAAUCCGUCGCAGUUGACGGCUGCGGCGUCGAAUCGGGUGUGUAAUGCGCUGGCGUUGCUGCAGUGUGUGGCGUCGCAUAGCGAGACGAGAGGGCUGUUCUUGGGAGCGCAUAUCCCGCUCUUCCUCUACCCCUUCCUGAACACCACAUCCAAAUCCCGACCUUUCGAGUACCUCCGCCUGACCUCCCUCGGCGUCAUCGGCGCUCUGGUCAAGAACGACAGCUCGGACGUCAUCCACUUCCUCCUCACCACCGAGAUCAUCCCUCUCUGUCUCCGUAUAAUGGAGACGGGCUCUGAGCUCAGCAAGACCGUCGCCAUUUUCAUCGUGCAGAAGAUACUGUUGGACGACACGGGACUGCAGUAUAUUUGCCAGACAUACGAGCGGUUUUACGCAGUGGGCACGGUUCUGUCGAAUAUGGUCACACAGCUAGUCGAUCAGCAGACGGUUCGAUUACUGAAGCAUGUUGUGCGGUGCUUCUUGCGGCUUUCGGAUAACGCCCGGGCUCGCGAGGCUCUCCGCCAAUGCCUCCCCGAACCCCUGCGCGACGCGACUUUCUCCCCAGUCUUGCGAGACGACGCCGCCACCAAACGCUGUCUUGCUCAACUACUCCUGGCACUGUCAGAUUCCGCCGAACCCACCAUGACUCCUGGAAGCUAUGGGCAUCAGCAAUCUCUGCUGGCGUAG